AGUUAGAGCUUACCGAUCACGGCACCUGCACCGUGGUCUUCAUCACUGUCGGAUUCAUUAUCUGUGUGGUGUGCUCGCUGCCUCGUACAAUGAAGAACAUGACCUACAUCUCCGGCGUGUCAUUUGUCAGUAUCUUCAGUGCAGUCAUGAUCACGAUGAUCGGCGUGGGUGUUCAGGCCAACGGAGUGUCAAAAAUCAAAGCUACGGUUGAUACCGACCUGUUCCACGCAUUUACCGCCGUUACUAAUAUCGUCUUCGCCUAUUGUGCCCACGUGGCUUUCUUCGGCCUUCUUGCUGAGAUGAAAAACCCGAGGGACUUUCCCAAGGCCCUAUAUAUGCUGCAGGCCUUUGAGAUCAUCUUUUAUACAGUUGCCGCCGUUGUGAUUUACUAUUAUGCAGUCCCCUGCUCUAGGAUCCGCUUGGCCUCUAUUGAAGAAGGUUGCUUAUGGAAUUGCCAUUCCAACUAUUGUUGGUGCUGGUGUUGUGAACGGGCAUGUUGGACUGAAAUAUAUCUAUGUCCGCCUUUUCCGCGGAAUGGAUCGGAUGCACCGCCGCGAUCUCGUCUCUGUGGGUCUUGGUUUGCCAUCGGUCUGACAUGCUGGAUCAUCGCCUGGAUUAUUGCCGACGCCAUUCCGGUAUUCAGCGAUUUGCUGGGCUUGAUUAGCUCUCUUUUUGCUAGCUGGUUCAGCUACGGCCUUGGUGGUGUUUACUGGCUACACCUCAACUGGGGCAGGUGGUUCUCGUCUUCACGAAAUAUUUGCCUCACCAUACUGAACAUGUUGAUUGUAUUGAUCGGUGCCUGCAUGUGCGGCCUUGGUCUUUACGUCGCUGGAAAGGCAAUCCACGACGAUGCUUCCAGCAACAGCUUCUCCCGUGCCAGCAACGCAUAG